AAUUAAAAAAAUUUGUAAUUUUAAGCAAAAAAUUUAAAAAAAAAUUCUAUCACAAAAUAGAAUGAGAAUUGUAUAAAAAAAAUAAAAAUUUGAUAAAUAGAAAAUUAAGAAAAGAACACAAAAAAUUGCAUACAAACUGUUGUAAGUAAACACAAAUGAAAACGUCGUCGAAUUCAAGUGCAAAUAAUUUCGACUACUCAAGUCGUCCCGUCUAUGAGAGUGAAGAAGAAGAACUACAACAACAACAACAGCAGCAACUAGUAGAGUUAAACGAAAGACAAGCCGAAAGUAGACAACAAAUCAUUUACGAUACAAGAACGUUAAAUGAACCAGAAACUGAAGCAGAACGUGAAGAAUUCGUUGAUACAGAACCACAAAGUUUAAUUAAACACCAACAAAGAGAAAGAGAACAACAAUCACAAAGAACAAUUGUUUUCAAUACAAAACAACAAAACUCCUCUUCUAGAUCAUUAUCACCAACAACAUCAUCAUCAACAACAACUGCAACAACUAUUUUUGUUGAAGAUUAUAAUCAGCUUCAACGACAAUUUGUUGAUAAUUUAACGAUAAAAACUAAAACUAUUGUUGCAGCAGCUGAUAGUGAAAGUGAAAAUCUGUCACAACAACAGCAAGAAGUAAAAACUAAUAAUUUGAAUUCAAAUUUACAAAUUAGUUCAUCAACAGUUGCUGGUGACAAUAAUAUUAAUAAUAGUGGUAGUGUUGUCAUUUAUAUAGACGACAAUAAUUCAACUAGUGAUAACAACAGCAAUAACAACCGUAGUAGUAGCGACAUUGUAACACAUACUUACAGCAGCAGCAGUAACAACAACAGCACUAGUAAUAAAAUUUCUAGUGGUAACGACCUAAAGGAAACAUCUGCAACAUUGUCAAAUAAUAUUCGUUAUUCUACAUCAUCAUCAGCAACAUCUAAGAAUAGAUAUCAGCAGCAACCUUUGUCACUGCAGAAGAGUUAUUCUUUUAAGCGAAAACGAGAAACAACAGAGUGCGAUUGUGGUUGCUUGGAUUCAUACAAUUCAUCAUCAGCUGCAUCAUCAUCCGCAAUAGUUGUUGCUGGUAGUAGUAGUGGUACAGGUCAUUAUAACAAUAACAACGGCAGCGUUAGCAAUAAAAAUAACAACGAGUCUUCGGCAAUUGGUGUCGGUGUAAACGGCGGUGGCAACGAAAUUAGCGUUGGUGUUAUAAGCAGCAGCACAAACGUGGCGUCCUCCGUGGCCAUUGUACCCAGUAACGGCUUAAAAACGGCCCAUACGAAAGUUGCCACCUCUGGGGGGCACGCUAAUACGCAGCCCCCCAGCAAACGUUCCAGCAGUGGUGCCGAUGGUGAUUAUCAACUGGUCCAACACGAGGUUCUCUAUUCUUUGUCUGCCGAGUAUGAGGUUUUGGAAUUUUUGGGUCGUGGCACAUUUGGCCAAGUUGUCAAAUGUUGGAAACGCGGCACCUCCGAAAUUGUUGCUAUAAAAAUUCUUAAGAAUCACCCGUCAUAUGCACGUCAGGGACAAAUUGAAGUGUCGAUUUUAUCGCGUUUAAGUCAAGAAAAUGCUGAUGAAUUUAAUUUUGUACGAGCAUUUGAGUGUUUUCAACACAAAAACCAUACAUGUUUGGUUUUCGAAAUGCUCGAACAAAAUUUAUAUGACUUUUUGAAACAAAACAAAUUUUCACCAUUACCUCUGAAAUAUAUAAGACCGAUAUUAGAACAGGUUUUAACAGCAUUAUUAAAACUUUCACAAUUGGGUUUAAUACACGCUGAUUUAAAGCCCGAAAACAUAAUGUUGGUCGAUCCAGUAAGACAACCCUACAGAGUUAAAGUGAUUGAUUUUGGUAGUGCUUCACAUAUCAGCAAGACGGUAUGCAAUACAUAUUUGCAAUCACGUUACUAUCGAGCACCAGAAAUUAUUUUGGGUUUACCGUUUUGUGAAGCCAUCGAUAUGUGGUCAUUAGGCUGUGUAGUGGCAGAGCUAUUUUUGGGUUGGCCCCUGUAUCCGGGUUCAUCAGAAUUUGAUCAAAUCAGAUACAUAUCACAAACACAAGGUUUACCAACGCAACAUAUGCUAAGUAGCGCUUCAAAGACAUCGAAGUUCUUUUAUCGUGAUACGGAUUUAACGUAUCCAUUUUGGCGUCUAAAGACCAUAGAAGAAUAUGAGGCUGAAACGAAUACCAAAAGUAAAGAGGCGCGUAAAUAUAUAUUCAAUUGUUUGGAUGACAUUGGUCAGGUGAAUGUGCCUACAGAUCUGGAAGGUGGCCAAUUGUUGGCGGAAAAAACUGAUCGACGAGAAUUUAUUGAUUUGCUAAAACGCAUGUUGACCAUCGAUCAGGAAAGACGUCUAACACCGGCCGAAGCUUUAAAUCAUUCGUUUACACGUCUCACCCAUUUAGUGGAUUAUGUGUAUUGUAAUAAUGUUAAGGCAUCCGUACAAAUGAUGGAAGUGUGUCGACGAGGAGAUUAUCAUCCGGUACAGCCUACAUCAACACUGGUUACAAAUUUCGUACCCAGUACUACAGAGAAUAUGACAUUUACGAUAAAUAAUCAAUUGACAAGUCAAGUACAACGUCUGGUACGCGAACGACCUUUAGCUUAUGAGAAUCUUUAUCAAAUCUAUGGUGGACGCAAUGUGGGACGUCAGUACGCUCAGGGUCGUACUGAUACGUUCCAACAUCAAUUGGUUUCAAAUAUUUUAUGUCCACCAUCGUAUCAAGCAAUGCCCAGUCCCACCAAACAUGUUGUAGUUGGUAGUACGAUGCAACCACCAUUGCAAGUACCACCACAGCAAUAUGUCAAUGUCCCUGUACCAGUUUCAAUGGUCGAACCAACCUCUGGACAGCGUAUGCUAUUAACAAAUCGUGUACAAGCGAGUGGUGUCGCCUGGCCGCAAACGGGACGUCAAAUGGCUUUAGUGCCAUCAUGGCCGCAACAAGCACCAGCUCAUUCUUUAAUUGUCGAUCCGGCACCAUUCUUAAAUGUUGAAGAAAUCUAUCCAAAACAUUUGAAUAUACCACGCAAUGAUCUCAAAAAGGAAUCGCCUGUCCAUCAUUUGGUCAGCAAAGGCAAUUCGUAUCGUGUGCCGCGACAUGACAAGAAAGAAAAUCAACAACUGUCACCCGUUAAGAAACGUGUCAAAGAAAGUUCGCCACCUCAUCAGCAACGUUAUAAUCGCACAUCUCACGUUUCACCACAAUAUCAUAACAACCAUCAUAAUUGCAAUUAUGGCAGCAGUGGAAGUGGUGGUGGCGGUUAUAAUGGACAAAGUGGUGCCAGUGGCGGUGCUAUUAUUACUUCAGCUUCAUCUAGUAACAUCAUCAAUGCCAGUGGUAGCCAUCACCAUCAUCAUAGUGGUGGUACUAAUUCCUCCUCAAAUCAACAGCAUGUUAUUAGCAGCAAUGCUGUAUAUGGUAGCAAUGGUGGCAGUCAUCAUAUUGUUAACAAUUGUGGAGCUGUUAGUGGAUCGACGGGUAGUGGCAGCGGUUAUCACCACCACUCUUCGUCCUCUUCGGGCGGACAACAUCAUAUUUCAUCGCAUCAUUCUCAACAAGCACCGCCACAACAUCAUGGGGCUAUUGUUAAACAACAAACCAUUACAAUUCAUGACACACCAUCACCAUCAGCUGUUAUCACAAUAUCGGACAGUGAGGAUGAGGGUGCUGAUGGACCAACAAUUGUUAACAAUAUGGCACCGGUUAAGCAAAGGGCUCAUGCCCAAUCGCAAACGACAUCAUCAAUGCUGCAGCAUUCAGCAUCUUCUUCAUCGAUAAGUUGCCGUAAUAAUGGUCAUCAACAUGGUCAUUCGCAUCAACAAAGUCAAACUCAACAACAGCAGCAGCAACAGCCACAACAGUCCCAACAAAUGCAUCAUCAGCAGCAACAAACAUAUGCAACAACAGCAACAUCCAAUUCAAAUUCAAAUAAAUAUCAACAAUAUCAGCAACAGCAGCAACAACAACAACAGCAAUUGCAAACGAUGAAUGUUAAUCAUACAUCAUCGCAGCAUCAAAAUCUAACUCAAUCACAGCAACAGCAGCCACAACACCAACAACAUCAGCAACAACUACAGCAACAGCCACAACAUCAGCAGCAACAGCAACAACAUCAAUUGCAACAUAGUGUUGCUGCUAUAAAAAAUAAUUCAACGCCCAUAAAAUCGUCAUCGUCGUCAGCAAUGACACCAACUACUAAUAACAGUCACAACAGUAACAAUAAUAAUAGUAACAAUAAUAAUGAAUUUAUGGUUGGCGGAAGUGGAACCGGAAAUGGAACUGGUUUUGGCAAUUUUAUUGAUAUGCCAAAUUCAAAUUGUCAUAACCAGCAACUCCAUCAUCAACAACAGCAGCAACAACAUCAUCACCAUCAAAAUCAACAGCAGCAACAGCAACAGCAUUUACAUUCGAAUAAUGAACAAAAACAUCAGCAAUUAUCUUGUGGUGGUACUUCACACUCUUCCUCUUCUUCCAAUACCAAAUCUGUUUCCACUUCUUCCAUCCAACACCACCAAACACACAAUAAUAGUCAAAAUUCACAACCCCAAACACAACAACAUCAUCACAAACAUUCGACUUCAAAUCUUUUGUAUGGUGGUGGUGGUGGUAGUAGUAGCAAUCAUAAUGUUGUUGCUUCCUCCUCCUCUUCAUCAUCUAUUGGCCCUUCUGCUCCCCCACAUUCUUCCUCUAAUACAAAUUUUUCUAUAUCCUCUAAUCUAUUUGCCACAUCCUCUCAUAACCACAAUAAUCACACACAAAACAAUCCAAAUUCCUCUUCCACAAAUAAUAUGACCGCCACAUCAUCAUCAUCUUCAUCCAAUAAUUCAUCUAAUGCUAUUAUCCAUCAUCGUUCAAAACAUGUACAACUAGUAAUACCAUGCGUUACCGUAGGUGAUAAUGAUCAUGAUGAAAUGCGACGGCGCAGUAAUACCACCCAUGCAGCCAGCAAUAGUCCAAAGCAGCAGCAGCAUCAUCAACAGCCACAGCAGCAACCGCCUCAGGCAUAUCCACAGCCUAGUGUCAAAUAUGAACCGGGACAAUCGCAGAAGAAACGCAUUUUAGCUAUGGCCCAAAAUGAAUGCUAUAUGCCAUCAUCCCACUCGAGCACCAAUAGCAGCUCUCAGACCUCAUCCAGUUUACCACAUUUACCCACCAAGCAGGAACCAACCGAAUUCUAUGAUUAUCCCUCACAACAACAGCAGCAGCCACAACACGUUGACAACAAACGCUCCUCAUGGGCAGCAUCAUCUGGUGGCUCUCAACAACAGGCACCACCAUUAGCACUGCACAAGCGUGAGGCACCCUCAGUGGCUCCCUCUUCAUCUGGUGGUUACGUGCAGCAACCAGCCUCUUCUGGCACUUCGGCUAAUGUACAUCCACCCAUGGCCCAUUCGAAGAGUUCCUCAUCAUCUUCUUCAUCGGCAGCUGCAUCUGUGGGACCACCAUCUUGGGGUGCUCCUCAAAUAUAUCGUCAAACAUCUCAUACCUCUCAGUUGCAACAGCAACAACCCUCCGGUACACAUACAUCACAAUCUCAACACCAGACCAACACAACCACGCCCAUGGGUAAUUCGCCCUCUUCAGCAGUCGCUGCCGCAGCCAUGCUGCAACAAGAUAUUUAUGCUGCUGCCGUACAGAAUGAUAUUUAUCGUCGUCCCACUGUCUUUGUUUCGCAAGCUGCACCAACUUACACCUACAAUCGUGCAGUUGUAGCUCCACCACCGGCUCACAAUAGUUCAAGUCGUCAGGUUAUACCAUCCCAUCCAUUGCCCGCUCACAUACAAUUUCCAACGCAGUACAGCCAAUUUGGUCCCCUAAGUCCAGCUCAGGUAGCCGCCAGCAAACAUGCACAUUACGCACCGACAAAUAUAUGGUAUGGGGGCGAAUAAACACUGAUUUAAACAUAACGAAUCGUUUAUGCAUGAUUGCAACAAGCAGCUAAAACUA